GGCGGUAACGGUGGAGUGCUCACCGUUCCAUCGAGAAUCGCCUUACAGUCCGACCAGCACCACGCUGAGGCGCAGAUGCAGUGGCAGCAACUAGUUGCUGAACACGAGGCCAAAAAGCAGAUGCAGCAGAACAUGGGCCCUGCCUUAACGGCACCGCUGUGUCGAAGCGCACCAUCCACCCCUGGCGCCGUUGAUCAAACGGCCCCUUUCGUUCGGCCCGGAACGAAAAUGACGGUGCAAGGAAAACCAGCGAUGAUGGUUCCGCCGGUGGCUCCUCCUCGUACGCCACAGAGGGCCCGUUCGUCUAGGAUGGCAUCGACUCCGGCUCGCGGCAAUUUCAUUGAUUCGAAGUCUCCAGUGUUCAUUCCGAUGAACAGUGGUCAGACCAUGUAUGGAGGUCCUCCAAACGGGCCUUACGAUUCGUCACAGCCGCAAAUGAACUACGGUUUUCCGGCGAAACAGCAACAAUCUUGUCCGAGGUACAUGAAUGCGAUGGCGAUGGGUGCUGGAAUGUGUGACUCCUCGGCAAUGAACGAUCCAAUGUUUCAAGCCCAGUCGCGACAGUAUGGCGGAAUAGUCACCCUUUCAUCAUCUGGACUGCCGGAACCUCAAAUGAUGGAUCCGAAUGCCACCUAUGGUAUGAUGGCCGCCGAUGUCGGAUAUAUGGAUGCCGGUUUCGUAAACUCUCCGCCGAAUCCGUAUCUACAGUACCAACAGCAACAGCACAAUCCAGGGGCGGUUGAUCUGAACGAUUAUCCGCCUGGUAGCGUGAUCUAUAACCAAAUGAAUCCAAACUUAAUGCAGCAUAUGGGUCCUGCAAAUCCGGAACUUAAUGCCAGCAACCUUGGCCAACAAACUGCCCUGCCGAUGGUGAACAAUACUUACGUCAAUGCGACCAUGUCCAUACAACAAGUGAACAUACAGAACGUUUCCCCUUUUCCGCCCGGAACCGGCGUUAUCAGUGUACAGAGCGGACAGGGGCCUUCAAUGAACGGUCAUCAAAACUAUUCAGGAGCUAGAUUCGUGUCCCCUGUGCAGAAAUCCGCAGCGACAUCCAAUAGAGGAGCUUCGUACAGCAAGCAACAGCGACCCUCGUUCACGCCUUCAGAUAGCUUUUCGAACGCUCCGUCGCAGUUUCCGAUGGACAUCGGAUCAAAUAACGCCACGUCCAGCGGCUUCCUCUCUGGGUACGCCGAACCACUUACCAAUCUCGAAUCUAAGGUGCCGAGUCAAAAACUGCAGUACUUUCCUGAUCCGUCACAGCAACAGUCACAGUUCUCUUCAGGGCCGCAGUACUGUGUGUCUGAUGCCGGAUGUAUGCCUCCACAAAUAAUGCAGUGCAACCUGAUCCAACAGCAACAGCAGCCGCCGCAACAGUGCCUUGAAGCGGCUGGUUUCGUCCACGGAGUACCGCCACAUGCAUAUUCUGUUGCCAUGCAAGGUAACGACAUGAACGCCAUGAAGCGUGGAUCUACGCAGAUGACGAGGUUUGCGGCUGCGCCAGCGUAUCUUCAGUCGCCACCGAACACCGCCAACCGAGACAACGUUUACCAGAUGCAGUUUCACAAUUUUCAGCAACAGCUCUACGCGACCAGUGUUCGACGGAAUGAAGGAAACCUUACUUAG